UUUUUAUUUCAAAUUCAAAAAAUGUUAACAAAUAAAGGAUCCUUGUCUCUAUUAAGUGAUUACGGUGAUAAUAGUUCCGAUGACGACGUUCCGGGUCCCAGAGUGUCUACGAAGAGAACUCACAAAGAUGACGAUGUGAAUUUGUCGUUUAAAAAGAGAUUGCCUUUACCGGAUAGUUUUCUAAGAGAUAAUGUAGUUAAUGAAGAACAUAUCGAUGAGCCUUCGUUGCAUAAUGGUCGAAUUAGAUCUUUCGCACACGAAAGGGGCAAUUGGGCAACUUUUGUCUAUAUUCCACUGGAGCAACAAGAUGGAGUUAAAGAUUUAGUAAACGAAAUAAUUAGAUGUGCUCCCGAGAGCAUUAAUUUGAAACCAGUAGACGAUUUUCACAUAAGCCUGACGAAAACCGUGAUACUAAGGCAUCAUUGGAUCAACCCGUUUGUAGAUAGUGUUAAAUUAAGAACGAAAUAUUUAAACAAGUUUAUGAUAUUAUUUAACGAUCUAAAAAUAUAUUGCAACGAAGAGCGAACUAGAACUUUCAUAGGCCUACGAAUUCAAACCGGUUACGAUUCUCUGAAGAGUCUAGUGGAUAUUUUGGACGUUUGCUUAGGGGAAUUCUCGUUACCUGCCUUUUAUGAGGAUCCUUCAUUUCACAUGAGCAUCGUUUGGUGUGCGGGAGAUUUAGAAAACGAAUUAAAAGAAAUUCUUCCAGAAUUUAGCAAUAGAUUUCAAGAGCUUAUGGAUAGCUAUAGUCAGGAUAAUUGGUAUAUGUACGUAAGUUAUUUAUUGUGUAAAUCCGGAAACAAACAUUUCAAAUUUGGUUUAAUUUAA